CCAAGGGCCGGUUCGGCAGCAGCCACCAUGGUUGGAGGGCUGGCGGUGAGGACCUGGAUUGAGCCCGUGGUGGCUGGCGCCCAGCUAGCCAGCUCCUUUUACGACACAGGGCUGCUGCUAGUGGUGAAGAACUACUACAACCGGACCAACGCCACCGCCCCGGCGCACGUGCUGGAGGACACGCAGCAGAAAGCCAUCUCCGACUUCUACAUCAUCUACAAUUUGGUCCUGGGCCUGAGCCCCUUGCUGACGGCCUACGGCCUGGCAAAGCUCAGCGACUGGAAGGACAGGAAGAUCGCCAUUUGCUUACCACUCCUCGGCUACCUGCUCUCCCGCUCCCUCCUGCUCCUCCCCAUCCUGCUGGAGUGUCCCAUUGAGGUGAUGUUCGGGGCGGCGGCCUUAAACGGGCUGACGGGGGGCUUUACCACCUACUGGGCCGGCGUCAUGGCUCUGGGGUCCCUGGGCUCCUCUGAGCGCAGGAGGUCCCUGCGGCUGAUUGUUAUCGAGCUGACCUAUGGGAUAGCAGGCUUCGUGGGAAGCAUAGCGUCCGGGCACAUCUUUAUCCACUCCCACUUAACUUACCGACAGGGCACCGUGCUGGUGAUCUGCAGCAUUGUCUUCUAUGCCGUCUGCCUCCUCUACAGCUUCUUUGUUCUGAAAGUGCCUACGCCCGAAGGCGCCUGCCUGGUGCCCAGCAAAACCAAGGAUGUAGCUCAGCCUGACAGCCAGCUACAGGAGGAUGGGAGAACUGGAAGGAAUUCAGGCUCCUGUGAGGACGAGGGCCAUGCUCCCCAGGUACCCUCCAAACUCAUCAUUGCAAUGCUCUUCGUCGGGGCUGUCUUGUAUGACCUGGCAGUCGCUGGAGCCAUAGACGUGCUCCCACUGUUUCUGCUUAAGAAACCAUUGAGCUGGGGCCCAGUGGAUAUUGGCUACGGCAACGCAGCUGGCUACAUGAUCUUCAUUACCAGCUUCCUGGGGGUUUUUGUGUUCUCCAAGUACUUGAGAGACACCACCAUGAUCAUCAUCGGGAUGCUGUCCUUCAGCAUUGGCAUUUUCAUCAUGGCCUUUGUGCGCUGGACGUUCCUGUUUUACGUGGCUCGGUCCGUAAUGCUGUUUGCGCUCAUCCCCUUGCCAACCAUCCGAUCGGUGUUAUCCAAACAUGUCCGAGGGUCGGCCUAUGGGAAGGCAUUUGUCUUGCUGCAGCUGUCUUUAGUGAUCACUGGUGUAGCUACAUCUACAGCCUACAACAAGAUCUAUCAAAAGACACUGGACUGGUUCAGCGGGUUUUGUUUCCUUUUGUCUUGUGUCGCUAGCUGCCUAAGUAUCAUCCCCAUCGGCAUUGUGGCCUACAAGCAACGUUCAACAUCUGGCUCCUUUGAGCUCCUAGCGGAAUGAUGGCACGCCAUUGCAAGUUUUAGCUCCAAGAGGCAAUUAGAGCAUCUUGUGGUACUAGAGAGCGCAGAGGACUGAUGAUGGAUGACACAACUCUUGGGACCUGCCGCACUUUGGAUUGAGGCUGAACUGAACCAUGUUCUCUGAGAUUAUAGCAGUGCACGGGAUACCUGUCUUCUGCUUCCGGGGUACAGCAGUGGUAAACGAUCUUUUCUGGAGUUAGUCCUGCAGCAUUUGUGUUCAGAUUUAUGCUGGUGGCGGGGACGACAAGAUCUUGGCCGAUAGUGCUCAGAGUUCAAGGGUUACUACCAGGCUAAAGUUUUUUGGGCUGUAGUGUAAAGGCUGUAGACUCCCCCACCCAAAGAUACCUGCCAUCAUGCUUCAGUAGCAAUGCCUGGAGGAAACUAAGGACAAUUCAUAGGCAGGGGAGAGAGGAGGAAG